AGUCAAAUGUAUAUAUAGAAACGGAUACAAGAUACCGUGAAACCCUGUUGUGUUGUCGUCCAUGAAGGCAAGAUUUUGUUGUCCAAACGUGCGAGAGUUUGGAGGAAACCAAAGAUAGAAAGGUAAGGUUGUCGAAUGAAUAAAAGCUCAUCACUACUCCAAAAUCUGUCGUCUUCACUCAACUGAGUGCUGCAACCAACAAUUUCACAGGAUUUUCAUCCCAAUUUCAUGCUUCAUCAGAAAACAAAACAUACAAACGGAACCAUUUAUCAUUUCCAUCAUAUCAUCGUUUUACAGGAAAGCAGUCUGACAUUGUCGUCGUCGAGAUGAAGAACUGAAGCUUGAAUCAAGUAGUGGUCCAUUAACAAUGGAUUGCAUAUGCUUCGAGCCACAAUGGCCAGCUGAUGAACUGCUGAUGAAAUAUCAGUAUAUAUCGGAUUUUUUUAUCGCUCUUGCUUAUUUCUCCAUCCCACUGGAGUUAAUAUACUUUGUUAAAAAGUCGGCAGUUUUUCCGUAUAGAUGGGUACUUGUUCAGUUUGGUGCUUUUAUUGUUCUAUGUGGAGCUACACAUCUCAUUAACUUAUGGACCUUUGACGUGUAUACACCAACAGUAGCUAUUGUUAUGACAACCGCCAAAGUCUUAACCGCUGCCGUCUCAUGUGCAACCGCACUUAUGUUAGUUCACAUUAUUCCCGAUCUACUUAGUGUGAAAACUCGGGAAUUAUUCUUAAAAAAUAAAGCUGCUGAGCUGGAUCGUGAAAUGGGUAUCAUUCGAACGCAAGAAGAAACCGGCAGACAUGUUAGAAUGCUGACUCACGAAAUCAGAAGCACUCUUAACAGACAUACGAUUUUAAAAACUACACUUGUUGAAUUGGGAAGAACAUUAGGGCUAGAAGAAUGUGCUCUUUGGAUGCCGACACGAAGCGGUUUAGAGCUUCAACUUUCGUACACUCUUCACCAACAAAACCCUGUAGGGUUUACGGUCCCGAUUCAAUCUCCUGUGAUUAAUCAAGUUUUUAGCACGGAUCGUGCGGUUAAGAUCUCUCCUAAUAGUCCUGUUGCUAGAUUACGCCCGGCUUCUGGUAAAUUUAUUCUAGGGGAGGUUGUUGCCGUGAGGGUCCCGCUUCUACAUCUUAAUAAUUUUCAAAUCUAUGACUGGCCGGAACUUUCGACAAAACGUUAUGCGCUAAUGGUUUUGAUGCUUCCGUCUGAUAGUGCGAGACAGUGGCAUGUUCAUGAGUUGGAGCUUGUCGAAGUUGUUGCUGAUCAGGUGGCUGUGGCUCUUUCACAUGCUGCAAUUCUAGAAGAAUCCAUGCGGGCCCGGGAUUUGCUAAUGGAGCAAAACGUGGCACUUGAUCACGCAAGACGAGAAGCCGAGACAGCUGUGCGUGCACGUAACAGUUUCCUUGCGGUUAUGAACCAUGAAAUGAGAACUCCAAUGCAUUCAAUUAUCGCACUUUCAUCAUUACUACAAGAAACCGAUUUGACACCCGAGCAACGGCUCAUGGUUGAGACCAUUCUCAAAAGCAGUAAUUUGCUCGCUACCUUAAUAAAUGGCGUAUUAGAUCUUUCUAGACUAGAAGACGGUAGCCUUGAACUCGAUUCCGCAACUUUUAACCUUCAUUUUCUCUUCAAGGAGGUUCUAAACUUAAUAAAGCCUGUCGCAUCGGUGAAAAGGUUGUAUGUAACAUCGAGCCUUUCUUCAGAUCUGCCAGAGUAUGCAGUUGGUGACGAGAAGAGACUUAUGCAAAUAAUUCUAAAUAUUGUCGGGAAUGCUGUUAAAUUCACAAACGAGGGCAGCAUUUCGAUUUCUGCUAUCAUCGCAAAACCAGAUUCUUUGAGGGACCCACGAGCUCCCGACUUUUUUCCACUUCCUGGUGAUAAUAAUUUCUAUAUGCGCGUUCAGGUGAAAGACACGGGAAUUGGAAUCAGCCAACAAGACACUCCUAAACUGUUCACGAAAUUUGCCGAAAGCCAAUCGACAGCAAGUAGAAAUCCAAGUGGCAGUGGACUUGGCCUUGCCAUUUGUAAAAGAUUCGUGAAUCUUAUGGAAGGUAAUAUAUGGAUUGAAAGUGAAGGUGUUGGGAAGGGAUCUACCGCAAUCUUUUAUGUAAAACUUGAAUAUCCUGCACGUUUAAAUGAAUCCCGACUGCCUCAUAUGAGACUACAACCAAAACUUGGUCAAACUAGUUUUCCAGGAGUCAAAGUUCUAGUCGUCGAUGAUAACGGGGUUAGCAGAACAGCAACCAGGGGCCUUCUUGUGCACCUUGGUUGUGAUGUAACCGUGGUUAGCUCAGGUGAAGAGUGCUUACAGGUUAUAACCAAAGACCACAAGGUGGUUAUCAUGGAUGUCUCGUUACCUGGAACCGAGAGUUACAAUGCCGCAAGGCUAGUACACGAUAGGUUCCCAAAACGCCAUGAAAAGCCGCUCAUAAUCACACUUACGAGCAACACUGAUAGAUCUGCAAAGGAAAACUUAUUGAGAGUUGGUGUGGAUGCAGUUGUAGUGAAACCGGUUUCUGUAGAAAAGAUGAGAACUGCCUUAUCUGAGCUUUUAGAGCAUAAAAAAGAUGUACAAUAAUCAUACCAUGAGUUUCUCCUACCAAACAGGGCGGAUUUUUGGCAGCUUCAGUGGCUUGUACAUAUUGCUACUUUUUAAGUACAUACUGUUUGAAAUGAGCUUUAACAUA